AGCUUUGUGAGUCAGAUGCCCGCUUCUUGCCCAUAUGUUACGGCCGUUGGAGCAACGUCUGUGCACGACCCUGAAACAACUACUACUGCCUUCCCAUCUGGCGGCGGUUUUCCGAACAUUUUCCCCAGGCCUUCGUGGCGAGAGGCACACGUCAGCUACAUAUCCAGAUGUAUCGGCCAACGGGUAAGUUGGCUAUUUCGGAACAUCACAUGUCUACCUGCCCCAGACUGGACCUCACUUCAUGGCAGCUUCCCCAACGUCGUCGCCUUUGAUGGCAAAGCGGCACUUUCGGGAGGUAAUUCUGCUUCAGUUCCCAUCUUCGCCCCCGUUAUUGUAUCUGUGACCGACGCUCACCUUGCGAUUGGAAAG